AUGCUGUUUACUUCUUCUUCCAAGUCUCCAAGAGUGGGAGAGGCUCCUUUUAGUAAUGCUUCUAGCAAAUCCAGCGAGGAAAAGGCCGCAAGCUCCCCAUUCCCCUCAUCCAACAAAAAUUUAUCUCGUACUUCCCACCCACAUUGGUGGAAAGAGAAGGGCCUACGAAGUUUGAAUUUCCGACUGCUGGCAAUUUUCAUUAGCCCGUUGAUGAUAGGAUAUGACGGCACUCUCAUAGGAUCAUUAUUUACUAUGCCUCACUGGUACCGAGACCUGAGCCUCAAUCCUAAAGAUAGCAAUCUCAUCGGAUUAAUGGGUGCUGGCUACUCGUUUGGUGCAAUGAUUGUAUUUCCACUUUUGAGUUGGGUCGCAGACACUUUUGGCAGAAAGAUUAUGAUCAUACUGGGCGAUACGAUUAUUAUUGGUGCUGUCCUGGGUCAAGUGUUCUGCUAUAAUGCACGAAUUUACGUUCUCACACGCUUUAUCCUCGGAAUGGGUUCCAUGUUUGUUUCCGCUAGCUGCCCCGUCCUACUCACCGAACUCGCACAUCCACGCCAAAGAAGCUUUAUGGUUAGUGGAUACGGUUCCUUAUUCUUUGUUGGAUCACUCGUUGUGGCCUGGAUUGCUUUUGGAAGCCUUCAUAUCCCUAGCCAAUGGAGCUGGCGAAUCCCGACAAUUUUGCAGCUCUUCCCACCGGCAACUCAGCUUUUGUUAAUCUUCCUAGUUCCGGAGUCACCCAGAUGGCUUGUGUCCCAUAACCGCCAUAGCGAAGCCAAAAAUAUCUUGGUGCAAUUUCAUGCUGACGGGAAACCACAUGACAGCAUCGUAUCAAGCCAGUACACCGAAAUCUGUCAAGCGAUCGAACUUGACCAACAGAGUCAAGCCAUGAGCUGGUUUUCUUGGUUCCGAGGAUCUGGAAACCGCCGAAGGCUUCUCUUAGUCGUCUUUUGCACCAUUUUCGGAUCAUGGAGCGGAGGCGGCAUCAUAACAAUCUACCUUUCUGUCGCCCUGAGACAGGUUGGCAUUACAGCACCUGCGCAGCAAGCAGGAAUCAACGGCGGAUUGCAAGUAUUCAACUUGUGUGCUGCUCUUUUGGGUGCUAGCCUAGUGGACAGACUUGGCCGCCGUAUUCUCUUUAUAUCUUCCAGCGUCAUCAUGCUUUUUGCCAUGGUAGGGCUUACAGUAGCCACAGAGCAAUUUACCCAAGAGGCCCAGGCAGCAGCAAGCAAAGCCCUAGUGGCUAUGGUUUUCCUGUUCCAGUUUGGUUAUGACCUUGGUUAUGCUCCGCUGACUCCUAUGUACAUAGCUGAGAUUUGCCCUUACCAUCUCCGGGCCAAAGCAAUGGCCCUUCAUUAUGUCCUCAUGUAUGCGUUCAGCGCUGCAAGCCAGUAUGCCAACCCUGUAGCAUUGCAGGAUAUGGGCUGGAGAUAUUACAUUGUUUACGUUGCGAUUUUGCUAUUUGAGGCUCUUUUCACUUAUUUCUUGUUCCCGGAGACAAAAGGAUACACUAUUGAGGAGGUUGCAAGCAUUUUCGACAAAAGCGACUCUGAAACACCAGAGACUGCUUCAGGGCGAGACGCUGGAAGACAGCACCACUCGUCAAAUCAUCAGAACAAAGGCAUGGAAUAUUGA